CUUUUUAUUUAUCAACCAGUCGCCACACAGUGGAGGCGAAACCAUUGCUGAUUGUGUGUUGUGCCAGAGAGAGAAAGAGAGCGAGAGAGAGAGAGAGAGUAAAAAAGAGAGAGUGUGCGAUACGAUAGAAAAUAGUAAAACAUUGCUUACGCACGAAAUAUACGCCUCCCAAACCGACCAACAAAAAAAAAGCGCCGCAAACCAAAACAAACGAAAAACCACAUCGAAAGCGUAUCCGCCGCGUCCGUGUCUGUGUUUAUGUGAAAUACCCCCGUUUUUCUUUUACUACUAUUGCUGGUGCACCCGACACGACAGAUUCGCUUCCCCAGCCCAGCGCAAGCAGUGGUCACAGCAGUGCGUGCGUGCUGCGCUUCGUGCCAUGUGUGUAUGCCACAGCCGUCCAUCGUCCAUCGUUCAUCCGUCCAAGACCGAGUGAAAGUGUGCACUGUUGGCGGUGCCGCGUUGCUUCUGGAGCGUUUGGAGCCCCCGUACGCGAAGCAUUCUCGAUGGAAGUCUUGUCCGAUCGUCGGCGGGCGCAUCAGUAUUAGCGCCUCAACAAGUGUCGCGUUUUGAGCAAAUAAAAAAAAAAAACAAACAACGUGCACUCACCAUUCUACUUCAAUCGUGUCGCCUAGGUGAGUCAAGUAAUUCCAGAAGAGACAUCAAACACCCUGGACAGCGUAGCAGACCGUAAAGAAAGCGUUGUAGUAUAAUUAGAACGGCAGUUGUAAAGGAAGGGAAAAAAUCACAAACAAACACACACACACACCAUGAGUGAGUUCACGCAAACGGCCACCGUGACGCAGCAGCAAACGGUCGUCCAGCCGUACAUACGGUACGACCCGGAGUACGUCCGCACCAUCCCGGGCAUCGUGAAGAUCGUGUGCAUCGUGCUGAAUCUCAUCGGCUUCAUCUGCAUCGAGUUUUCGUACUUCAGCUACCGGCCCCAGGGGUCGUUCUUCAACACGGUCGCGAUGCUCGGCUUCUGGUUCAGCGGCAUCAUGCUGGUGUUCUAUCUGUUUCACGUGUGCGAAAAGUUUCACAAAAUCCCCUGGCUAAAAAUAGAGCUGUACUUCUGUGCCGGCUGGGCCGCCCUCUACAUGAUAGCGGCCUCGGUGGCGGCCUCGACCAGCAUCGAAGCGUUUCAGGCGGCCGCGUUCUUCGGAUACUGUGCCAUGAUCGGGUACGGGGUCGAUGCGUUCCUUAAGUUUAAAAGUGUUCGGGCGGGCGAAAUCGCCCAAGGCUCCCGUACCGUGCACGUGCAGCAGCAGCAGCAAACGGUUUCCACGCUGACCGCCUAGAUGCAAAACGAAUCAAAGCAAUCUAGGGUUACACGCAGCACUUCACCACAGUCUCCUUAACACAAAUCUCCUCAUCGUGGUUUCCUUCUGAUGGGCUGCUUAGAAAUAUUGCGACAACAGUACGCUUUUGCUCCAGUUUCUUUUGUUGUUUUUUUUUUUUGUAUAGAUUUUAACGUCUUUUACUCCGUGUAACGUGUGUAAAGCUGUUUAUUGUUGCCGAACCGGUACGUUGGUGCGGUCGGUUUUCUUUUAUCGAAUGCUACAAGGAGCUAGUGUUUUACCGUAGCUUGUUCUAACCUAGCAAGUAAUUUUAAUUCGAAAUGCCUUUAAGCUAAGCCUUAGCGCUAAACCACCCAAAACGGUACAGCGCCUUACAAAGUCACCGAAAGUCACCGAAACGGGAUAGCUUUUACAAAACCGAAAUUAUAACAGUGUGUGUUUGUGUGUAUUUGUGUGCUUGUAUAUUUAUAAACGGAAAACGGAACGGAAUCCUCUUAUCGAAUCUUGUCGACCGUCGUUAUCGUCGUCCUUGCCACAGGAUGCGUUUUGAAACUCAUUUAUUUACAAAACAAAUGUGCAAAUGUGUAUUAAUGUGGCUUAUUUUGUAGUAUGUCGAUGUGCUUGGGAGAGGUUUAGCGGCGAUCACAAUGUAGAAACAACCUUACUUUACUAAAUACACUUUACACCGUAUCGUAA